AUGUCUUCAACUAGCAUCCACAAUUCCCAAGGAAUCCAGAUACUGCUAGAGGCUGAAAAAGAGGCUAAAAAGAUCAUUGCCGACGGCAGAGAAUGUAGGAUCCGCAUCUGCUUAUAUCCACUAGACAGAACCCGCCGACUUAAGGAAGCAAAAACCGAGGCCAUGCAAGAAAUUCUUGCCCUCAAGGAGGCCAAGAAGCAAGAAAUCAUAGAAGCGGAACAGAAGGUUUUUUUUGCCACUAAUUUUAGUAUUCCUCAAUGCUUCGCGAUACAAUCUCAAGGGAAGAGAUCAUUUCCGCCCAACUGA